AUGCUGCAUUUUCAUUGCGUCAAAAUUAUCCACAUUUUAGAAGAAGACUCUCCCAUUAUCCACAUAUUAGAAGAAGACUCUCCCAUUAUCCACAUAUUAGAAGAAGACUCUUCCAUUAUCAACAUUUUAGAAGAAGACUCUCCCAUUAUCAACAUUUUAGAAGAAGACUCUCCCAUUAUCAACAUUUUAGAAGAAGACUCUCCCAUUAUACACAUUUUAGAAGAAGACUCUCCCAUUAUCAACAUUUUAGAAGAAGGCUCUCCCAUUAUCAACAUUUUAGAAGAAGACUCUCCCAUUAUCAACAUUUUAGAAGAAGACUCUCCCAUUAUCAACAUUUUAGAAGAAGGCUCUUCCAUUAUCAACAUUUUAGAAGAAGACUCUCCCAUUAUCCACAUUUUAGAAGAAGACUCUUCCAUUAUCAACAUUUUAGAAGAAGACUCUCCCAUUAUCCACAUUUUAGAAGAAGACUCUCCCAUUAUCCACAUUUUAGAAGAAGACUCUCCCAUGAUCCCCAUUUUAGAAGAAGACUCUCCCAUUAUCCACAUUUUAGAAGAAGACUCUUCCAUCAUCCACAUUUUAGAAGAAGACUCUUCCAUUAUCCACAUUUUAGAAGAAGUCUCUCCGCUGACGCCAUUUUUUCUCGAAUUUCUCGUGUCAGAAAGAUCGAAUUUCUUCCGUCUGUCGUACAUCAUAAUUUUGCUUUACGAAAAGAAAAUCUGCGUCAAGACGAUCUAUUUUUCUGAUAGACUAAACACUUUCCAAAUUGACUUGGAAAUUUAUUUCAGAGAAAACCGAAGAUGA